CAACUUCAACGGCUGCAAUUUCAUCAGCAACAAAAUUCCCCAACUUUUUAUUUAAUAAUUCUCUUCUUCAUCAGAACAACAAUCCCCAAAAUAAUUUGAACCAAACAAAAACCCUAAUAAAUCCCUACUCACUCCUUUCUCUCUCCUCUUUUUUCUGCAAAAUCUCAAUCAAUCUUGUCAAUUUCUCUCCUGUCUCUCAGUGUCGAAUCCAAUGAUUGGUACAAAGCGUCGAAACGUUUCAUUGAGCUCCAAUGCUGAUGAUAAUAACCCUUUUCAAAGUAAAAAGGCCGUAGCAGAAUCUCCUUUGGGGGGUCAAGCUGCAGUAGUAUCACCAUCAUAUGAAGUGGAAACAGCAGCUACACCGUCAUUGGAUCGGCGUAAGGCUGUUCGACAACAUGUGAGGGCUUUAAAUACUGAAUUCGCAAGUUGGGUGCAAUCUCAGUUGCGGGAUCACCCAGAUGAAGUCUGGGAAGAUGGUGUCAGGGACUACCUAGCUCAGGCUUCGGACAUACUGGAAAAGUUUACUGAUGUUGUAAACUGGCUAAAAUCAAAUACUGGUGGUGAAGGUAAAAUGUCUAGUUCAAGAACUCCAAGCAAUGAGAAGAAAAAUACACAACUAACAAACAGCAAGGAACUAAAAUCUGGCCCGGGGUUAUCUAUUUUUGGUAUGUCUAAUGCUAAAGCAAGCGUCAUACCUUCAUCCAGCACCCAAUCCUCAUUUAAAAGCUCAACUGCAAGUGCAGCUGCUUCAUGGAGCUUUGGAUUAUCUGCCAGUACUCAAGCUCUUUCACAGAGUGGGAGUACUGCUCCAGCAACUUUACAGAGCUCUGGAGUAUCAUCUGAUAUUAAAUCAGUAUCACCAGUCAAAACUGUUAGCUUUUCUACUUCGCCUAAUUUUGGAGUAGCAUCCAAAAAUCAAGCACCUACAUCAACGACAACUGCUAGCUUUAUGAGCUCUACAAGUUCUGGAAUAUUCUCUAACAGUCAAACACCUUCAUUUGGUGGUUGGAAUGCUGGAACUUCCUCCAGCAGUCAAACUGCUUUCACGUUUGGGAAUCAGAAGUCGACAGCUCUAAAUGACAGUGCUAAGGAGGAUGCUGAUGAAGAUAAUGAACCUGAGCAGCCUAGCAGUCCAUCUUUGAAAAGGUCUGAAGAGAAGGGUAUUACUGUGGUGCAUGAAACCAAAUGCAAGCUUUAUAUAAAGUCAACUGAUCCAGCUGAUAAAGAGCCGUGGAAGGAUAAAGGUACUGGUCAGCUCUUCAUCAAAUGCCAGGAGGGUGCUGGCAAAGGAACCAAGGAAUCUAAGCCAAUAAUCCUUGUUCGUAAUGAUGUCGGAAGAAUUAUGCUUAACGCUUCAAUAUACCCAGGCAUAAAGGCAAAUUUGCAGAAUAAAGCCAUCGUGAUCAUAUUACAUACUAUGGAUGAUAGUGGAGGGGACGGUAAAGCAGUUGCCCGUACAUUUCUUAUAAGAGUAAAGAGCGAAGCGGAACGAAAUAAGCUUGCAGAAACGAUACGUGAACAUGCACCAGCUGCUUAAUCGAGAGUCAGAUAAUUAAUUUGGUUUGUUAAUGAUUGUUGUUUCAUAGUUGUUCGGGUAAUCUGGGGUUGUUAUUUGUUUUCCUCUGCAAAUUUUGGAAAAGCGAGCUUGCAAGAAAACGAAUGCAAACUAACGAACCCUUGUUGUGCCAUAGUUGGUUUAAAUACCCUCCAAUGGUAAAGGAGUUGUUGAUACAUACAGAGGAGCAGGGAGGGCAUAUAUGUAUCAGCAUAAACAUAAACAUAAACAAAAGCCAGAAAGGUUAGAAAUUUUUCCUCUGCUCUUGUGAAUUGUGAUUAAUGGUUUGUAUUAUGAUAAUAGUUUGACAGAAUGCCUGAUUUGGGCUAUUUAGGCAUUAGGCAAUAUUCAACUCUUCCGGAAAGUAAUCAAAUGUCUUUCCAUAAUUACUGUCAAAUCUCUUGUUGUGUAUUCCGUAAUUGUUUUCCAGAUUGGGUACUAGUAAUAUAAUUCCUUUUUCUCGAA